AUGGCCCGUGUGCGGGUUGGGGCCCGUCUCGGCCUGGGCCUGGGUCUGGGUCUGGUGCUGUUGUUGCUGCUGCAGCAGUUGGCGGCGGUGGUCGUGGCAGAGACCACGGGCGAGGAUGCCAAGGGUUCGAGUAUGGUGAAUGCAACGUCCCUGCCGCCGCCCCUGGGCGUCUUGGACUUGCUGUUUGAUGGUCGAGCCAACGUCAAGACCUUCUUUUUCAAUCACUUUGAGCAGAGCGUGUAUCACCUCGCCCAGCGCGGGGAUCCCGAGACCUUUUUGACUCGCCUCGCUCAACUCGAGGCCCUGACCGACUCGAUCGCCUCGCUCGACGACUACGCCGAAUGGUUUGAUCUCUGGUCGGCCGGUACCACCGUUCGAGCCCAAGGCGGUGCUGACCCUCAAGCCCUCGACCAGAUUGCCUCCGACUCGGGCGAAGCCAUCACCAGCGACACGAUCCAAAACCUCCUGGCCGACGGCAACUCCUUUGUCGUCAAAACAGAAGCCACCGACCGCCCCUAUUCCAUCCUCCAGCGCCAGCUCCAAGCCCUCUUUACCACCAUGACCAACGUUCAUGCCUACAUCUCGCCCCCCAACGCCCAAGCUUUGGCCCCACACACGGAUCCCUACGACGUGUUUGUCGUCCAAGUUUACGGCCAGAAGGAAUGGACCCUUUGCACGCCCCAGCCCCCGGGCGGCCAAAACCUGAGCGACGCCCACAAGGCCCAAUGGCAGGAAAUUGCCAAGCACAACAUUCAAGGCUGCACCAACUACCAGGAGUGGCAACUGGCCAAAAUGGAUUGCCAACACAUCACCCUCUUGCCCGGCGACUUGCUUUACAUCCCAAAGGGCGUCAUCCACUAUGCCACCACCGGCUCGGUGACAGGCUCGACCCACCUGACCGUCUCCAUCGAGCGCCUCUCCCAUUCCUGGAUGAUGCUCUUCCACCGAACCUGCAACGUGGAACACGACCACACCCUCUGCGAGCAACUCAACGAGCUCAUCGAAAAUGCCGCCACAAGUCGCCCCGAAGCCCUCAUCUGGUUUGAUCUGGCCACUGCCCCGCUCGAAGAACAGCCAAUGGCCUCCAUCUGCCAACGACUCUCCUACCUCGUCCUCGGUGACCACCCCGCCUCGGUCCUGCAGCUCGCCCAGAGUGCUACCCACAAACUGAACCGCUACACUCGCUCGGCCACGCAAAUCCGAGCCGCCCUCCCCUCCAUCAUCGACUGCGACAACCUGGAUAAGCUUCACUUUGCCUCCAUGCGCCUUGCCAGCCAACUCCGCCAGUCCCGAAGCUCUGCCUGGCGCCCCAAUUGCCAGCUCGACGGCUCCUGUGGCUCCCAAAACGGCUGCGACUGCGAUGGCUGCGAUGAGGGCAUCACCUGCAAGGUCGGCUAUCGCGUCACCAAUUCAGUCAAUGGUGAUUGCGAGCAGUGCUCGGCCGGUACAUAUAGCCCAUGGGGACAGUAUUGCUACAACUGUGGCCCGGGUUCCUACAGUUCGGCUGGCCAAGGCGGCUGCACCAGCUGUGAUGCCGGCAAGUACCAAGACAGCUAUGGCCAGUCUGGCUGUAAGAACGUUGGCCAAGGCUAUUACGCCUCGGGCCGUGCCCGCUCCAACCGCCAAGCUUGCAGUCCCGGCUUCUACAGCAACUCAGAGGUGGCCACCGAAUGCAAACCAUGCUCCGCCUCCCCCUUUCCCGGCAACUACCAAGACCAGUAUGCUCAAUCCGCCUGCAAGGCCUGCCCCAGUGGCAAGUACGCUGCCAACGACAUUGCCACCGGAUGUGUCGAGAGCCCAGGCCUACAAGUGGUGCCCACCAUGCAAGCCAAGUCCCUCGAAUUGGCCGUCGACAACUCGGUCCUUCAUCGAACGGCGUUCCGCGUCACCCUUGGCGUCUGGAAAACCACAGAGUUUGCCUACACCGUCGCGUCCAACUACCCCCAGGAAUUUGAUGCCGACGAAGGCGGUGAGGCCGACACCUCCCUCAUCACCUUGCGUCACCUCCUGCCCGGUACCUUCUACUAUAUCAAGGUCGAAGGCAAAAACGAAGCCGGCAACUACCCCGACGUCUUUGAGUAUCAACUCGCGCGCACCACCUGCGGCUGUCUGGAGUCGGACACGAGCGGCACCCCGGGUAACCUCACCAUCAACCAAUACCUCGGCCGCAUCUACUUCAACUUUAUCGACCACAGCUUCUGCGAGGAUGGCUUUCUACUCUACCGCGAUGGCUACUCCUUCACGUCCGCUUACGACGUGGUAUCCAGUCAAGCCUGUGAACGCGUGUACUCCCCCAAGACCGUCUACGAUGACAUUCUAAACUCGGACGACCUCAACGUUGGCAACGUCCACCAAUACUGCGUCUCUGCCUACAGUCGCACCGCCUUUGUUUGGGCCGAGGAUGAGUCAGUGAGCGGGUCGUACGAGUCGCACCAGACGUGCACCAGCUUUCAGAUUCAAUGGGAGGCGCGCAUCCAAGGCCGCGUGCAGUUGACCGAUUCGGCCGGCAAAUUGCCGGUGGCCGAUACCUCCGUCGAGUGGUUCUUCCAGGACCGUCCCCACUUGGGGGGCAAUUUGACCACCGGCCCCGAUGGCACCUUUACCAUCUAUGUCAAGACGUCCGAGCUGUCCAACGACGUGGAGUCCAUCGUGGUGCGGGUCGCCAAGCAAAGCGGUGACAUCAGCCACCGCUACACCUGCUCAGGCCAGCCCUGCUCGGAGCAGACGCUGCUGGUGAGCGCCCUCACGUUUGACAACGAGGUUGUCUUUGUCGAUGCUACCACCGUCCCCUUUGAGGGCUACCUCUUUAUCCAGGGUACCGAGCACGCUUCGUAUGCCAACGGCUGCCCCCUUCAGGGUGUGCGUGUGUGCGUCAUCAACCACAUUGAACAUACCAGCUUGGGAUGCUCAGUCACCUCGACUGCGGGCUACUUUGUGGUCCCCGUGGCAGCUGGUCUCACCGUCUAUCCUUCUUUUGACUAUAACAACCACACCUUUGAGCGUCUCAACGAGGGCCGUGCACCCACGGGCUUUUACGACUCGGUGGAUCUCGCCGGUGCCCCCGUUGCUUACGACUUUUACAAGCUGGAAAGUGAUGGAAGCCGACAGGCUCCCGUCAUCUACAUUGACACAACCACGACGACCAUGACGGUCCAGGUGGCUGGUGGGCUGUGCAAUCGUACGCUGGGUAACACCACCCUGCAGCUCUCCUACCCCACUUGCGCCGCGUCCUGGUCCCAAGAGAUUACCUUUGGCGAAUACGAGCAUCUGGUGGAGGUGCCAGCUCAGAACUUUGAUGUCGAACUCAUCAGCCUCACGCACAACGCCGUGGAGCUCGGGGAUACGGUACCAAAUUACUUUGCCGCCAAAGGAACGCGAAAGCAACGUGCCGAUUUGCUCUCAUCACGGCCGGCUGCCGUGCGAUGGGAAUACCAUCCUGAACCUGUUGUCACCCUCUCCAUGACAAACAACGUCGGUGGUGACUGCAACUUGUUCAUCCUUCCCCGCGACACGACCACAACCAUCACCGUGGACGUGACGGAGAGCUUUUGGGCAGACAUUACCGCGUGUCCACACAUUGACGGCAACGUUUCGAUUGUGAACAUGCUGGGCGAGACCACUGAACGCGCGGCCACGCUUGUCGCCAACAAGGCCAUGUCCAAGGAAGAUGCCGCACUGCUCAGUCGCUGCGCGGAUGGUUGUCUGCUCCCCCUGGAACACGAGCUGGCGAAAGACGGGGAGACCGUAACCCGCGCCUACACCUCAAUCGACGCCAUGGCAGGUGAACCCGAGUUGGUGGCCACCAUCGAGGGCGUUCAGUAUGCCAAGCUGCUGUCGGCCUCCAUCAGCUCCCUCUACACCGUCGAAGUUCGCCAAGCCGUCAUCGUGACCGGAGACAAGAUCAUCUCAGAUCUCUUUACCAUGGACUUUCCCGAGUACUUUCCUCUCAUGAUCCUCUAUGACCCUCCGGGUGGCGAGUCCUUUGCCUACUAUCUUGAGGUCUCGAAAGUUAGUGCAGACAUUGAAGGCAAGAAGAAUCGCGAUGAUAGCGUGACGUUUACCACCACCAUCUCCAUCCAAACGUCAGAGGAUCUGGGUGUCCCAUCCAGCCCAGUAUUUGUGACUCCAGCCCUGACGGUCAAGUACACAGAAACCAAAGAGGUGAUUUUUGACAUGGACGCCUGCGAUGUGAGCAUUAUUGACAAGGUGACGUGGUCUCUGGACGACAAGUCCAAAAACACCAACUCCUUUACCAUCAAAUUGUAUGGUGAUAUCAAGGAUGCUGAGAUUCCGACCCUCAAGAACAAUCUCGUCCUGGCCGAGCAAGACCUUGUCACAGCACAAGCUGAAGGCACUUCGGACGAGCAGCAGGAGGCUCAAAAGAAGGUGGACAAGCUCAAGGAAGCCAUUUCGGGAUGGACCUCGGUUCUCAAUUACACCGAUGCCGUGCUGAUUAACGCGACACAAGGAAGCUUGGAAGCUGUGACGGCUUUGAUGCCCGAAACGCUCAUGAGUGCCGCCCGAGAUUUGGACAUGAAGCCAGACGCGGCAGCCGAGUCCGAACUUGAACUCUACAGUGCCAUCUCUUUCACAGGUGGAGGUCAAGCAUAUACGUUUGAGGAGACGAGUGGUGUUGACAACAGCUCAGACUCCGGUACCAUGGCUCAGAAGGAUUUUCACAUUUUGGGCGCCGUGGCUGCCAAGGUGCAAUUAGUGGGCGUUGGACCUUCGCUCGACUUUGAGAUUGGUUACACCCGACAUGAAGAGUCGGCCGACAUUACGACUACCGACACCGACGUCGAGACCACGCGUGGUUUUGUCCUGGCCGAUGGCGAUGGCGGCGAUAAGUUUGUGGUCAAGGUGGCACGCGAUCCCAUCUUCGGCUCGUUUGUCUUCACAACUGUUGCCGGCAGUUCCAAGUGUCCGCACGAGACCAACACAUAUGCCCGUGAACAGCCUCGCAUUAUUGUUGAAAGUGAACCUCUGUCAGCCGUGUAUCCUGGGCAAGCUGCCGUGUUCAAACUUCGUCUGAUCAACGAUGCCAACGAAGCCAACCAAUACGAGCUCUAUGUUCGUGACGUUGAGGGGGCCGAGGUCUUUAUCAACGGUGAUACGCUCGCGGAAGGCCGCCUGUAUGAGCAAAUGCCGGCCUACUCUGAGUACACGGAAACGUUAUAUGUACGUCAGGCAGACGAACGGACUUCAGUGUCCUUCAAGCUGGGAUUCCGGUCGCGCUGCGAACGUGAGCUGUUUUUGGUUCUCGGCAAUUGGCCGGCCAGCUCCUUCCAGCACGAUGAGCGCGAGUUGACGGUCGACUUCUUGGCCCCGUGCUCCACGGUGGCUUGGGCUGGUGAUCUGCUGCGCACAAGCACUUUUGUGAUCAACAGUGCAUUGACUUCGCCUACGUACCGCGUGGUAGUCAGCAACCCGGAGGCCCCGAAACGCUAUUGGGCUGAUAAUGACCGACUCGAGUCUGUUCUGCUGCAGUACCGCCCCUUUGGUGCCUCGAGCUGGACGACAGCGCAGAACGCGAGCGGUCAACCAGCGGAGCUGAAGGAACUCGAGUCGAGCUUUGGUUACGCUUCGGUGGAUUGGAAGGUCGAUGGCAUUGCCGACGGCGAAUAUGAGCUCCGAGUGUUUAGCCGCUGCAGUGUGGCAAGUCUCGCUGCGCCCGACGGCAUCAACGAUUUCCAGUCCGUUUCGCUGCUUGGAACCGUGGACCGCUCGCUGCCUCGGGUCUUUGCCAUGUAUCCGCGGGCCUCCACGCUGGCUGACACGGGAGCCGACGUUGAGGUUAUCUUUACCGAACCUUUGCAAUGCACGCGACCUUUCACCUUUUCGGUGAAGGCGUCGAUUGGUGACAGCAUCAGCGUCAGCGAGCGUGUGUUGGAUGUCAUCUGCCAGGGCCAUGCUAUCAAGCUCUCCAUUGCCAAGACCUUCUCGGCCUCCCUGCUGAGUGGCAAGACGGUGGAGAUUGAAAUUGCCAACGUUUACGACAAGGCCGGAAAUAAGGUGCGACAGCCAGUCUCUUGGGUCUACCAAUACCGCGAGGUUGCCGAUGCCACGCCGAGUGCCGUCGAACUGGAUGGCCUCAAGUUUGCCGUGACAUGGAACGCUGCCUGGGCAGACAGCUCGUCCACGGCAUUUGCCGAGUUUGCCGAACAACUGCAAGGCGAAUUGGCUUCUCUGCUGCAGGUGUCGGCGAGCCGGAUUUCAGUCGAGUCGCUUCGUGAGUCGGCCAGUGAUGGCAUGGUUCUCGUGGCUCUGCGCAUCGAAGUCCAGGGCGGUAGCAGUCGCCGUCGUAGCAUGUGGACUCGGCGUGAUGACAGCAACGAGGAUCUGUCAGCCGAAGAACUCGCCAACCUGCUGCUCACCUUGCUGUACGCAGAGGACGCCAGCCCUUCUUUGGAAAGUGGUGGCGUGCUUGAGUCGCUGAAUCGAGAUGAGCCCCCGUCCCAAAGCGUUGCCGUGUCGGAUACGAGCGCCAUGACCGACCCCGAAGCCUCAUCAGGAUCCGCCACUGCGGGCGAUGACUCCUUUAACGCGGUGGAGAUUGUCACGCUCGUGCUCGUGCUGCUAGCCGUGGUGCUGCUUGCCGUCUUGGUCUACCAUGUUGUCUUUUCGAAGCACAAGUCUGGCGCCUCUCCACGUCUUUCUCGCCGCAGCACCAAGGUUGGGGAUCUGGGCAUGCGCUCCGACUCGAACAAGACCAUUGUUCACCAGUUUACCAACGUCAACGUGGACGACGUGCCUCCCUCCGAAAUGGCAGCUGUGGCCCCGGGCAACAAGGAUUCGGAUUGA